AUGUACGAAACCCACAACCCAGGCUUUUGCUACCAUUGCACUGGAGCCAUCAAAGAAAACGGUCCGCCGACGAAGAAACAACCACCGAAAGAUUCCUACGAUUUCGUGCGAUCGAUACUAUUCACCAACGACGUUGUCGACCCUUGGAAAGUCCUUUGUCUGCACCUCCUAACCGCUCACAGCACCAGGUGGAACGAUAACGACGAAUCCACUGUCCGACCCGUUACAGCCUUAUUGGAGAAAGCCAAAAACAAGCAGUUUUCCGGUGCGUGGAACAACAUCCUCCCGUGUUACGUGGUGGAUACCGAGGAGUCCUGGCGCAGAGGUAACGUGAAGCUGCACGAAGAUCCGCGAAAGCUAAAUUUAGAGGACCAGACGAUCCGCGAUUUCGAGGAGAAAUACAAACAGUAUAUGGACAACAACGUCGAUUUCGGCAGGGCUCUAUCGACCAACGCCAAGCAUACUAAAAUAGCCUUGCAAGGCUUCGAGAAGAUGCCGACUAUCUCUCCUCACGUUUACUCUUUGCUCGGUCCGAGCCACGAGCUGCGAAUUAAACAAGCCCUGGCGGAAGGUGUGACAAGAAAGAAACUAGCUCGUUCCAGCAUGGAAUUAAACGGUUUGAACGAGAACAGCUUGUCCUUUCGUCUGGACGAGGACGAUGAUUUCUCCAGCAGAACAACCACCGCGUCGAACAAGAAUUGGCUCGCCAGAUCCACGCGCAGUCCGUCCAGACGAUCUACGAUGGAAUCCUCGGUCAAGGUAGACCGCGGUAUCACCAUGUUGAAGUCGAAACGAUGCAAACCCAAGGAUCACGCGACACACGACGCUUCCAAACUCAUCACCAUAAAGCCCAGCUUUGGAGCCCUGAAGAAGACCCUUUCGAAGACCUCCAGCACCAAGUCCCCGUUUCGUGGCAUGUUGGAGAGUCGACCCUCCACGAAUUCCCUCCUGUCGACUAACUUGAGCCCUGAAACGACGAGGAAGUACAGAAAGUGCGUUUACUUGAAUACACCGGCGAGGUGCGUCCAAUUUCGAAGCAGAGAUCACAAAACUGUCCCAGUUCUGGUAAAUUACCAGAUCCAAGCGUUAGUGCAGGCGGUCCUGGAGGUCCUCGAACGCGUGAAUCCUGAGAAAUCGAGGAUCAUAAUCGAGACCGCCAGGGACACGGAGGAAAUAAGGAGGAUACUGUUGCGUCCUGAAAUGCAGAGUUUUGUACAGAGUCUGUUGGGUCAAUCGCUGGUGUCGUCUCCCGAGAGCUAUGUGGUUUCAACGGCGACGCUGAUGGACGAGAUAGAUUGUCGAUUCGAAGGGAUCUUGGAGAAGGAAAUAAUUGCGUUAACUCUGGAAAUGCCGCUGACACCGUCUCUGGAUGCUUUGAUUUCCGAGAUACGAAGCAAUAUAUUUCUAGACGCGAAGAAGAAACCGCAGAUGAACGAGAAUGCUAAGGAAAUCGCUUCUUCCAGCAAUGGACGAAAAGUUGAAAAGACGAACGACGAGAAAGACGCAAAGGUGAUGCAGGCAGACGGGAGAGAGAUUGUAUAUUUCGAGAAACAGGACAACGAAAUGCCUCGAGUAAAGGAAGCUGAGAAAGAUUCAUCUAAGAAACAGUUACCAAAAAUCAAAAAAGCAAUAAAACGCGCGAGAAACGGGAAAAGAGAUUCCCAGAAAGCAAACGAGACGAAUAAACUGCAAAAGCCAAAAUCUGGCGAAGAAACUACCAACAGCGGAUUAUCCAAUCCCACGAGUAAAGGUUAUCCUUCUAAAAUAUCCAAAGAAGAGAACGUUCCGAAAUUCAAACAGCCCCCAAAGAAAAAUUCGAAAGCAGCUGACGAGCAAGUGGUAUCUUCAGAUAACGUUCAUGCCAAGCGCACCUCGAAUGUUAAAACUUGGAAAGGUGCCCAGAAUCAUUUGGACGCGGAUCAUGUAAUAUUGCGAAGAAUGACGAACACUCAGAGAAUUCUCGUAGGACAAAUGUGCGCCUCUCUUAAGAGCAAGAGGAUUAAUAACCAAGGAUUAAUCAAUGAAAGCGUACCGCUCGCGGCAUUAAUUACUCCAGCCCUCUCUCGCGACAGCAUUAAACUUUUAACGCGCGGAACGAUGUACGCAAAAACUGACGCCAUAAAAAAGCAACACGACGGGGUGGAAGAUAAUGUUACGGUGCCGGAUAAAUUAACCGGACCCCUACUCGCGAAGAUACGCCAAAAUGUUGCGGAACACGAGACGAAGCAGCGUUUGAAAUACUUCCUGAAAUAA